AUGUUCCGGUUUGGUAGAUCACCUUCUAUAUCAAAAAGACCCAUCUUUACCACACGAUAUUUCUCAAGUUUCCCCUUAUUAAUAUGUAUUGUUAUUAUCAUUAUUUUAGUAAUCAAUUUGUUUAUUACUAAACUUGACAAUCAAAAAAGUCUAGGUUAUCAUGUCAUAGGUAAUAAAGACUAUAAGAAAGAAAUUGAUAAGAUGGAAUCAAUGGAAUAUACUCAAAGAUUACUUUCUGAAAUUAAAUCUACCAAAGAAGAAGAAUUAAUUAAAUCUUUAAAAGAAGAUUUAGAAACUAAACAUAAAGAUCAAUUAUUAGUUGAUAUUAAAACUGAAUUGAAUAAGAAGUAUAAAAAUAAAUUAUUAUCAUCUUUAAAACAACAAAUGAAUGAACAAUUUACUCAAGAAUUCACUGAUCAAGCUGAAUUCACUUAUUCAAUCUUUGAAUCAUUACAAAAGAAAUUUUAUCGAGAAAAUUAUAAAACUUUAAAAGAAUUCACGGUAUUAACUUUAUUCAAAGAUUUAAAUUUACCUGAAAUUGAAUUACCAGAGAAUUUUAAUGCCAAAUUAAAUGAAAAAAUGUCUUCCAUGUUAAAUAAAAAUUCAUUUUAUAAAUAUCUUAUUCAAGAUGUUUUAUUAAAAAAUAUUAAAUUUGAUGAUUUAGAAGCAUUUAAAAAAUCAACUUCAUCAACUUUAAAACCUCAAUUAAUAAAUUCAGGUGAAAGUUAUACUAAACAAGAUUUAAAUGUGGUGAAAAUCUCUGAUAAGAAUUUAGUGGCUUUUAAAACUUCAUUUGAAAAAGUUUUAAAAUCAAUUAAACGAUUAGCUAAUCCUCCCUUACAAUUUAUAAAUGAUUCAGGAAUUGUAAUAUUUUUUGAUGAUUAUGAUUCAAAUACUUUAAAUCAAAAAGUUUCGAUGCUUUUAUUACAAAUUUUACAAUUAAAAAAUCUUGGAAGUUCAUUACCAAUUGAAAUCAUCUUUACGAAAAAUUAUUCAUUUUUAAAACCAUUAAUUUCAUUCUUUAAUAUUCAUUUUAAAACUUCAAUUUCAACGAUUGUUAUUGAUGAAAUUAUAAAUUUAAAAGAUUUGGAAUUACCAACUAAUUUCCCUCAUAAAUUAUUAAGUUUAUUAGUAUCAUCAUUUAAUAAUAUUAUAUUUUUGGAUAUUGGUGUAGUACCAAUAAAAAAUGUCGAUGCUUUAUUAUAUAGUGAACCAUAUUUUUCUCAUAAAUUUUUAAUUUGGCCUCAUGAAAAAUAUCAAAGACAAAUUUCACCUAUAUUUUGGGAAGAUUUAUUAGAAAUUAUCCCAGGUGAACAAAUUAGAAGAGAUGGAAUAACCAAUAAACAACAAAGUUUAAAUGAUCAAGAUGAAUCAAGUUAUUAUGAUUUAUCAAAUUUACCUGAUCAAUUAAGUACUGAUUCUUCAUUUAUGGUAUUUUCAAAACAAGAACAUUUUAAAUCAUUAUUAUUAUCAAUUUAUUUCAAUUUACUUGGAAAUGAUGUGGUUUAUCCUUUACUUUAUCAAGGUAUAUCCGGAGGUGAUCGUGAAACGUUUAUCCCUGCUUUGCAUGUCUUAAAUGAACGUUAUUAUCAAGUUAAACAAGAAUCAUUAAUUCUACAUAAAUUUGAUAGUGAAGAAUUACCAAUGGCAAAUUUACAAACUGAUCCAAGAGAUGUAAUUAAUUAUAUGAAAAGUUGGAAACAUUUCUUAAUUCAUAAAGCAAAAUUAGAUACAAGAUUAAAUCCAUUUGAACAAUCUGAAUUUACCGAGAAAUUAAUUGAAGAAUUUCAUGAAUAUAAAAAGAAAUUAAUUGGUGAAGAAUUUGAAGAUAGUGAUGGUGAAAAGAAAACUUUUUAUGCAGAAACUCAAUUCCCAAAACCUUCAGUAUUAACUUUCAAUUUCAGAAGUAAUUAUCAACCGUUAUUAACUGAAGAACCUAAAAAAUUAUCAAGAGUAAUUCAAGUCCCCGAUGCUGAACUUCGUGCUCGUUUAUUAGGUGGUGUAGGUGGAGCUGGUGGUAAAACAUUAAUCACAUCUACAUCAGGUUCAAAAAUCGAUUAUGAAUUAAGAUUUCAAUUCUUAUUAACUUGGUUAUAUUGUGAAAGUAAAUUACUGACCAUAACGGCAUUUUGGAAUGAUGAAUCAAUAAAUCUUUCUCAAGAAUCAAUUUGUAAACAUCAUCUGUCCUUAGUUGAAUUCUUAAAGGAAGAUACAAAAGAUCUUGAUUAUAAUAUUUUAAAUUUCUUAAAGAAAGAUUAUGAUAAAGUUGGUGGAUUCAAUGAUAAUGAAGAAACCAUAGAUAAAGUGAUUGGAGAUCUUGAAGAAGAAGCAGAAAUGAAAAAGGAAGUUGUUGGAAAGGGAAUUAAAGCUGAAUUUGAUAUUAAUGAAAAAUCAAUUCCAAAGAAGAAAGUUGCUAAUGCUAAUGCUAAUGCUAAUAAAUUAGUAAAGAAUGAAGCUGAGUUUAUUGCAGCUCCAGCCAAUCCAUUAAUAAAAAAUAAUCCAUAA